AUGUUCGACUCAGAUUGUAUCCAUUUCCGGCUCGCCAAGGUUCCCUGUUAUUUCGUUCCUGUUCGGCCCCUCCCACCACUGGGCUCAGUGAACAACGAGGACGAUGCGCAGGGGAGGCGGAGAAAGGGCAAGGCGCGCAGCACCAAGGGGGAAGAGCACGAUCCGCGCAACGCGCAGGCGCAUUCCCACGCCGUGAUCGCCUCGUCGCUCAUGCUACCACCAGACGCUCUGCCGCUCUCAGGCAAGCGCAAGGCGAGGCGGUGGGUGAACGAGCGCCUGCUAAAGGACAUGGCGGGGCCUCUUACUGGGCCAGACGUCACCUCGCUCUAUGCGCCGCCACCCUGGGGAGAGAAGACAGAGCGGCCAGUGUUGGAGAGGCUGUCAGAUGUGGCGCUCUCCACGCCCUUUGAAGCCUUUGUGUGCCAGCAAUACCUUGCAGGGGCUACUUUCAACAAGGCUCUUCUGGUGGCAUUCCUGCACCCGCCACCUGCUGCCACUGCUGCCACCACUGGCGCGACGAGCAGCCAAGUGGACGCAUCUUGCAGUGGCAGGGGAGAGCUGAGCAGUGAGGAUGGCAGGGGGGACGAGAGCAGCAUUGUGUCGUGUGCAGCAGGCGUUGCUGGGGGUGAUGGAGCAGAGGGGCAACAGCAACAGAUGGAGGAGGCACAGGAGGAGGGUGGAGAGGGGUCGCAGGAGGGGGGUGAGAGUGGGAGUGGAAACACGAUUGGGAGUGUGUUGCCGGAGUGGUGUGUGCAGGCAGCAUGGAGCGACGUGGAGAGUGCUUUGGAGGCACAUGGAGGGAAGCUGAAGGGGGGCGUGAGCGGUGGUGCAGGUGCAGCAGACGGGGAGGCGGACGGCAUGGGGAGGGGAGGGGAGGGAAGGCAGGUGCUGGUGUUUGCUGCAGACGAUGCCUUCCUCAGACUGUUGCUGCACGGCAUGUGCCAGUUCCAUGGAAUGCGGUCACUCUCCCUUCCUGCAGCCAGCCUACCCACCCACCUCCUCCUCUCCUUCCCGCCCCACCUCGCGCCCUCCACUCUCACUGUCGCCUGGCGUCCCCUCCCCCUACCCUCUCAGCCAUCCCCCUCUGCCUCCCCAUCACAACCGCAAGAGCUGCCGCUCCCAGCACCUCAAGAGAGUAACGUUGUUACAGCAGACCACCCUGCCUGGCCCUCGCAUCACAUUCGCCUGCACCACAUACUGCCUGCCUGCCCCCUGCCUAUCCCCACAUAG